AUGGCUGCGUAUUCGGCACGAGUGGUAUACGGAUCUGCAAGCAGUGGAGGUCCCCGGAAGUUCCAGCAGGAUGUUCACCGUAAGCGUGGCAGCUCCGGACCUGCAGGGAGGCGGCCUGCAGAGGAACGCCAGCGGACGGAAAAGCCAGCUGGCGGUGAUCGGGCAGGAGCUUCUGCUUCUGGCGGAGUUGUCCGUCCAGGCUCGCGAACCGUCCACGAGGCUCGCCAUGGAGACUCGCAGCCAGUCCCGGUUCCAUUGAGCCGGAUCCAUGCUGCCUUGGAGCGCAGACACCUGGAGCGGGCAGCCAAGCCAAGGCGACAAGAGGAGCAAGGAGUCCAGGUGUUCAAGCACUGUGAGGAGCCUUUCCACGAAGGCUUCGAUGACCACCAGCUACGACCCGUGUCCGGGGCAGGGUCACCGCCUUCGCAGGCACAGCCGACGCAGACCUGGGAGGAUCGUCCGGAACGGGUUCGCCCAAGAACGUCUUCGAGUAACUGCGCUUCUGACGAUCGGACUGAACUGCCACCACGUCCCUCGACGCCCUGCAUGAACAGAGGCCUCGUUCACACCGAAGAGCCACCAGAGGCCUACCGGCAGCUCGCCUUCCGAUGCUCAACCGGAGCUUCCACCGCGGCCCACGACGCUGGGCAGGUCGGAUCCCUGCUCAACAACUUCGCCGAGAGUUUCCUGGAGGCCUGGAAGAGGUGUCCGCCCCGCAUCUGGAUCAGUGGGUUCUCGCAUGCACCAGCUGGAAAGUUCCUCGAACGCACUGGGAUUGUGGCCAGCGGACGUCGCAUCCGUGCGCUUCAAGUUGGCAUGAAGGCUCCAGGUGAGGCACCGCGCCAAGUUCGGCCGCCAGCCCUGAUAGUAAAGCAGCCAGCAUGCGAAGGCGAUGGAGAUGUGUCGACAAUCAAAGGCUGGUGGGAGCAACAGCGCCGCCACCGUGUGCAGCACGACGGCAGAUGGCACAGAGGCGGGGCAGAGCGAUCGGAUCUUCACGUGACAUGGGCCGUUUCUGGCGCGCAGACUGGGGAGCCUGCGUCGCCGGCAUUGUCGCCACCUCCAGAGCCACAGGCCCCAACGCCUGAGCAAACGAACCACUGGUUGCAGGGUAUGGAGUGCAGUGCCGAGCCAGAAGCAAGUACGGAGCAGCCAAGCGCGUCUCUGCAGUAUCGCGUCGUCUCUCCAGCUCGUGGUUCCGACGAGGAUGGCUCAGCUCAGUGCAUGCGUCCCAGAAGCCCAACUCCAACGAAGAUGUUGGCUUGGGGUGAGGAGCAGGACAGUACCCCAAGUGGAGGACCCUCCUCGCGGCCGCUGUACGGCUCGCCAGCGAGCGACGAAGAUGAUCCUUUUGGACGAGGGGACCAUUCCGACGGCCUGAUCAACCGGCUGAUUGAGGCCUGUCAGAUGGACGACGUUCGUCGGGCCUUUGGCAUCUACGAACGGUUGCGCCGAAUGGAAGUCCCGCUCUACGAGGGGGUCUACAAGCUUAUCAUCGAGUGCUGCACCCGCACUCAUCAGCUCGGCCAUGGCAUCCAGUUCUACGAGACGCUGAAGAGCUCCGGGCAGCGCGUCUCCUCCCGGCUCCUGAUCGUUCUGAUCGAGGCAUGUGCCAGGGAGCAGCACAGCGACAAGGUGUAUGCGCUCUGGCAGGACUCUUGCCCAAGAGGGGAUGAGAUUGAUGCGAGCCAGCGCGAAGUGUUGCUGGUGACCCUAGCAUCAUUGGUCCGCACCAUGAGCCCCGACCUAGCCCUGGAGAUCUUGCGGGACACCCUGCAGAGGUAUCGAACUGCUGUGGCCUGGCUGGUGGAGUCACAAACGCAGGUCAAGGAUCUCCUCCAGCUCGUGGUGAGCGCUGCCAGCGAGGCGCAGCUCGACCGAGCUGGGCAGUUGGGCCACGGUCUCCUCGCCAGCUACAGGGGCCUCGAGGACCUGCUUCAGUGGCUUUUAGAGGAAGCAGACCGGCAGAUGCUGGCUGUGCCAUGCAAGAACCCAGCUCUUGGCUCGGAGAGUCCCACCAGCAUCGCCACGCGACCGCCAAGUGGCCGAGCGGGCACCGGCUUUGCCGUGGAGGAUGAGAUGCUGUUAAUGGAGGACGUCGAUCUCGAUCUGGAGCUGGCUGCAAUGUGA